UGUAGGGGAAUCACGCAUAUCAGGCGCAUGGACAAUAACCGACCCCUAGCAAAAGAAAAUCCGAUUUAUUCAUUCCCACAUUUUUCUCUCGCUCUACCCCUGCCCUUCUCUUUCCCUCUCUUUCGAAUCGACUCCGGAGGUAGACGUGAGAGGAGGCGGGUGUGGUUGGCUCCCAUUCUCUUCCCCUCUCUCUCUCUCUCUCUCUUCUCCUCGUCCUCGUCUUCUUCUCCUCUCUCUCUCUCUCCUCUAUCCUCUUCUUCGUCUUUCCCUCCACACGAUUCGUCUGGUUCCGUUCCCCCAUCGCCUCCUCUCGUAGUAUUAGUACUCGCCCGAGCCCUCGGGGGCCUGCUUCCUCGAGGUAGUGGUACAUGGCGACCGUGCACCAGACCCCGAGCCCCGCCGCGUCGGGGCUCCUCCUCCGCCCCUCCUCCUCCUCCUCCUCCUCCGCUAACCCCGCCACGCUCGUGCCCUACAACCGCGCUCUCCUCGUCGGAGGCGCCCGCGGCGGCGCUCGGCGGCUGCGCCACCGCCGCGGGGAGGAGGGGGUGGUGGUCGCCAGCGGCGAGGGCCGUGCUCGACGUGGACGGCGCCGCCGGGGCCGCUCUCACCGCGGUCAAUGCCUCGUUGCAGAGGCGCGAUGACCCGCCGCCGCCGAAGGUGGCUAGUUUAAAUGACAUCAUAUCAGAGCGAGGAGCUUGUGGUGUUGGAUUCAUUGCAAACUUGAAAAAUGAACCUUCCUUCAAGAUCAUUAGGGAUGCUCUUACAGCUCUUGGAUGCAUGGAACAUCGUGGAGGUUGUGGGGCAGAUAAUGACUCUGGUGAUGGGGCUGGCUUGAUGAGCGCCAUACCAUGGGAUUUAUACAAUAACUGGGCGAGCAAGCAAGGACUACCUUCCUUGGACAGUUCGAAGACUGGUGUUGGCAUGAUUUUUCUUCCCAAGAAUGAACAGUUCAUGGAAGAAGCAAAAUCGGUAAUUACGAAGAUUUUUGCAGAAGAAGGUUUGGAGGUUCUUGGCUGGAGACCUGUUCCUGUAAAUACGGCAGUAGUUGGUUACUAUGCCAAAGAAACCAUGCCUAAUAUACAACAAGUAUUUGUCAAAGUUGCAAAAGAAGAUAGCAGUGAUGACAUAGAAAGAGAAUUAUAUAUCUGCCGAAAGCUGAUUGAGCGAGCAGCAAAAGCUGCAGAAUGGAAAGAUGAGCUUUACUUUUGCUCCUUGUCAAGUCGGACUGUAGUUUAUAAGGGCAUGCUUCGCUCAGAAGUAUUGGGACAGUUUUAUUUGGACCUCCAGAAUGAUUUGUACAAAUCUUCAUUUGCUAUCUAUCAUCGAAGAUACAGUACAAACACGAGCCCUAGGUGGCCUCUAGCGCAGCCAAUGAGGUUACUUGGACACAAUGGGGAGAUCAAUACAAUACAGGGAAAUUUGAACUGGAUGCAGUCGCGAGAAGCUACGAUUCAGUCCCCUGUUUGGCGUGGCCGUGAAAAUGAAAUACGUCCAUUUGGUGACUCGAAGGCAUCUGAUUCGGCAAAUCUUGAUAGUGCUGCAGAAUUGUUACUAAGAAGUGGUCGAAGCCCAGCAGAAGCUCUUAUGAUUCUUGUUCCUGAGGCAUAUAAGAAUCAUCCAACACUGAUGAUUAAAUAUCCCGAGGUUGUUGAUUUUUAUGACUACUACAAGGGGCAAAUGGAGGCCUGGGAUGGUCCUGCAUUACUUUUAUUUAGUGAUGGGAAGACGGUAGGUGCUUGUCUUGAUCGAAAUGGGCUUCGUCCAGCUCGAUAUUGGCGAACAGUAGAUGAUUUUGUCUAUGUUGCAUCUGAGGUUGGUGUUCUACCAAUGGAUGAGUCGAAGGUCAUAAUGAAAGGGCGAUUAGGUCCCGGAAUGAUGAUAACAGUCGAUCUACAGAGUGGGGAGGUUUUCGAAAAUACAGAGGUUAAAAAAAGAGUGGCUUCAGCAAGUCCUUAUGGAAGUUGGUUGAAGGAAAAUACACGUACAAUUAAACCUGUCAACUUCCUUUCAGCCAUUGCAAUGGACAAUGAAACGAUUUUGAGACACCAACAGGCGUUUGGCUACUCAAGUGAAGACGUGCAAAUGGUUAUUGAGACAAUGGCUGCACAAGGGAAGGAACCAACAUUUUGUAUGGGCGAUGAUAUUCCGUUAGCGGUGUUAUCUCGAAAGCCGCACAUGAUCUUUGACUAUUUCAAGCAGCGAUUUGCUCAGGUCACAAAUCCUGCAAUUGAUCCGCUCAGAGAAGGUUUGGUAAUGUCUCUCGAGGUCAGUAUUGGGAAACGUGGUAAUAUUUUGGAGGUUGGGCCUGAGAAUGCUCAUCAGGUUAUUCUGUCGAGUCCUGUUCUUAAUGAAGGUGAACUAGACUUGUUGAUGAAGGAUCCGAACUUAAAAGCAAAGAAACUGUCUACAUACUUUGAUAUUCGGAAUGGCUUAGAUGGAUCUCUAGAGAAAAUGAUAAAGGAACUCUGCGAGGAGGCUGAUGCAGCGGUUCGGGAUGGUUCUCAACUGCUUGUUCUUUCUGACCGUUCUGAUGAACUUGAACCAACUCACCCUGCCAUCCCGAUACUUUUAGCUGUCGGCGCUGUCCACCAGCAUUUGAUUCAAAAUGGCUUGCGCAUGUCAGCAUCCAUCGUUGCUGAUACUGCUCAGUGCUUCAGCACCCAUCAGUUUGCAUGUUUGAUCGGAUAUGGGGCCAGUGCCGUAUGCCCAUACCUGGCAUUAGAAACAUGCCGCCACUGGAGGGUUAGCACUAAAACUGUCAAUAUGAUGCGGAAUGGAAAGAUGCCAACGGUGACGAUUGAGCAGGCUCAACGGAACUUUUGCAAGGCUGUAAAAGGUGGUCUUCUUAAGAUUCUUUCCAAAAUGGGCAUCUCAUUGCUCUCAAGCUAUUGUGGUGCACAAAUAUUCGAAAUUUAUGGCCUUGGUCAAGAAAUUGUCGAUCUUGCUUUUUGCGGAAGUGUGUCAAAGAUAGGUGGCCUCACUCUUGAUGAGUUGGCUAGGGAGACAUUGUCAUUUUGGGUAAAGGCAUUUUCAGAUGAGACUGCAAAGAGACUAGAGAAUUUUGGGUUCAUUCAGUACAGACCUGGAGGUGAAUAUCAUGGGAAUAACCCUGAGAUGUCAAAACUGCUUCAUAAAGCAGUUCGCCAAAAGAGUGAUAAUGCAUAUUCCGUCUAUCAACAGCACCUUGCAAAUCGUCCUGUCAAUGUUCUCCGAGAUCUUCUUGAAUUCAAAAGUGACCGUAAGCCGAUCCCUAUUGGUAAAGUUGAACCUGCAUCCUCCAUCGUGCAACGCUUUUGUACUGGUGGGAUGUCCCUCGGAGCUAUUUCAAGAGAAACACAUGAAGCGAUCGCAAUAGCUAUGAACAGAUUAGGUGGAAAAUCCAACUCAGGUGAAGGUGGUGAGGAUCCAAUUCGUUGGAGUCCGCUAACAGAUGUUGUUGAUGGUUAUUCUCCAACACUACCUCACCUCAAAGGUCUUCAAAAUGGAGAUACUGCUACAAGUGCAAUUAAACAGGUGGCUUCUGGGCGUUUUGGUGUCACACCAACUUUCUUGGUCAAUGCCGAACAGCUGGAAAUCAAAAUUGCACAGGGUGCCAAGCCUGGUGAAGGUGGUCAACUGCCUGGGAAAAAAGUCAGUGCCUAUAUUGCACGACUAAGGAAUUCGAAACCUGGAGUUCCACUCAUAUCACCACCCCCACAUCAUGACAUUUAUUCUAUUGAGGAUCUUGCGCAGUUAAUUUUUGACCUUCAUCAGAUAAAUCCCAAGGCUAAGGUAUCUGUAAAGCUUGUAGCUGAAGCAGGGAUAGGAACUGUAGCUUCUGGAGUUGCCAAGGGAAAUGCUGAUAUUAUACAGAUAUCAGGGCAUGAUGGAGGAACUGGAGCGAGCCCAGUAAGCUCCAUUAAACAUGCUGGUGGUCCUUGGGAACUUGGUUUAACCGAAACACAUCAGACGCUCAUUCAAAAUGGAUUGAGGGAGAGGGUGAUCCUUCGAGUGGACGGUGGAUUUAAGAGCGGCCUUGAUGUUCUUAUGGCUGCUGCUCUGGGUGCUGAUGAGUAUGGUUUUGGGUCUGUUGCUAUGAUAGCUACAGGGUGUGUUAUGGCACGGAUCUGUCACACGAAUAAUUGCCCAGUCGGCGUUGCUAGUCAGAGAGAAGAGCUUCGUGCCCGUUUUCCUGGUGUUCCUGGAGAUCUGGUCAAUUUCUUUUUUUAUGUUGCUGAGGAGGUAAGAGCCAUUUUGGCUAAAUUAGGUUAUGAGAAGCUGGAUGACAUAAUUGGACGAACAGAUCUUUUAAGAUCAAAGGACAUUCCCAUGAUGAAGACUCAGCACCUUGAUCUUAGUUACAUUAUGUCGAGUGUUGGCCUACCCAAGUGGAGCAGCACUGAGAUAAGGAAUCAGGAUGUACAUACAAACGGCUGUGUUCUUGAUGACAUCAUACUUUCGGACCCUGAGAUAACUGAUGCAAUCGAGAAUGAGAAGGAGGUUUCAAAAACCAUUCAAAUCUACAAUGUUGAUCGUGCUGUUUGUGGCCGUGUAGCUGGUGUUAUUGCCAAGAAGUAUGGGGAUACAGGUUUUGCAGGCCAGGUUAAUCUAACAUUUACUGGGAGUGCUGGACAAUCCUUUGCUUGCUUCCUUACACCUGGAAUGCACAUUCGGAUUGUGGGCGAAGCUAAUGAUUAUGUGGGAAAGGGUAUGGCUGGUGGAGAGCUGGUAGUAGUUCCUAUUGAGAACACUGGGUUUCGUCCUGAGGAUGCUACUAUAGUUGGAAACACUUGUCUAUAUGGUGCGACUGGUGGUCAAGUCUUUGUGAGAGGCAAGGCAGGGGAACGAUUUGCUGUUAGAAAUUCUCUUGCCCAAGCUGUCGUGGAGGGUACUGGGGAUCAUUGUUGCGAGUACAUGACUGGUGGUUGUGUUGUGGUUCUCGGAAAAGUGGGCAGGAAUGUUGCCGCAGGCAUGACUGGUGGUCUAGCAUAUAUUCUUGAUGAGGAUGACAGUCUCAUUCCAAAGGUCAACAAGGAGAUUGUGAAGAUUCAGAGAGUGAAUGCCCCAGCCGGACAGAUGCAGCUGAAGAGCUUGAUAGAAGCUUAUGUUGAAAAAACUGGGAGUGAAAAAGGUGCUGCUGUUUUAAGAGAAUGGGAGGCUUAUCUACCACUAUUUUGGCAAAUAGUGCCACCUAGCGAAGAAGACACACCAGAGGCUUGUGCUGAGUUCGAGAGAGUAUUAGCAAAGCAAGGAAUGACGCUACAAUCUGCUUAAUUUAAGCCUUUUAAAAACAAGACGACGAGGGCUAUACAAAUAACUGCCCUGCUAAAUUGGCUCUGAAGGAUCAUUUUUGGUGCUUGAAUUUGCUGUAAAUAGAUUUCUGUGAGCAUAGAUGGAGAAAUCAACUGCAGUCAAGCACGAAGAAAAGUUGUGGGGGACUCGUAAAGCAUUGCAGGAUGAUCUGUUGCAAAGGAAGCAUCAUCACCAUUCUGAAUAAGUUGUUGCAGGAUAUAUAAAUUGUGGGUCUACAGAUUGUCUGCAUCUUAGUUUUCCUGUAAAUUUUCAUUUUAUCCAAGUCAUAAAGAUGGUGGAACUCCGGUACGAUUUUGUAUUGUAUAGUGGUUUGAAUUGUGUAAUUAUCUUAGCAAUUGAAUAAGAAAACACCAACUCUGUUUAUGGUUUUUUAUUUUCA